AUGGCAGCCAACUCGUGGUUCAGCGGGGGGUUGAACGGAGGCAUCCACACUGACAUGAAUUCCUCACUCCUCUUCAGUGACACCAACAACCAACAGUUCAUCUGCGACAUCCCUUCCCUCAUACGGCUCACCUGCUCCAAAUGCUACAGUGAUGAGAUCGCCGUUCUGGGCCUCAGCGUGUUUAGAGCCUCGGCUGUCGUGCCACCCACCCUGAACCCCCUCAUGUACAGCCUGAGGACCCGGCACAUGACGGCCGCCCAGCGGAGGCUCUACGUCUUCCUGGCCCUGGGGUCGUCGGAAUGCGUCCUCCUGGCGGUGAUAGCCUUGGACAAUCACACCAACAUGUUCGCUAUGCUGAAGCUGACAUGUGUGGACGUCCGGGCCAAUGAGAUUCAGUUCUUCGUGGGCACUCUGGUCAUGAUUCUCCUGUCCUUGAGCCUGUUCACGGUCUCCUAUAGGUCCAUCGCCCGGGACGUGCUGAGGAGCAAGUCACCGCUGGUCUGGAGGAAGGCCCUGGGCUCCUGCAGGGCCCACCUCCUGGUGGUCACCCUCUACUAUGGGUCCAUCACGGUGGUCUACAUCUGGCCCAACAGCUCCUUCACUGGAACUUUGGACAAGUUUCUGACCCUAUUCUACACCCUGGUCACCCCACCCUCAACCCGCUCAUCUACACUCUGA